AUGGACGAAGAGGAAGGAUAUCUGCUCUCCCCAGCUCCGACUCGUGGCAGGUCUCGUCUACCCUACAACUACCCAACAUCCGAGUCGUCAAGUACCACCCGCCGCUCCUUAGUCGAUGGCGAGGAUUCCUUGCGUCACUCAUUCUCAGCCGGUCAACAGCCACAGACCAGCAAGUCAUAUUACUCACUCUCUUCGAUUGAUGUUGACGAGACGCUUUCGUCGCAUUCUACCAAGGCGACAACGAUUAAGCCACAACCCAGAGCACGUACCUGGAAUCCUGCCACAUGGUUCCGACGAGUCGACCCAUUGAAACUCGCAGGUUGGAGAUUCGGCUCCCUUUUAGGAUUCGUCCUGUGUGCCGUCGUCCUGGUUUGUAACCUUGUUCUCCUCGCCGUCGGAUGGUCUAGGGCCAGUAGGACCAGGGGUAUGGGCAUUGUCUCUAGUGGCAGCGCAACCGAAGUCGCCUGGCUGGGAACCUUCUCUCAUAUUCUCAUCAACGUUUUCAGCACCGCUCUACUUUCAGCAAGCAACUAUUGCAUGCAGGUUAUAACAGCACCUACACGGGAGCAGGUGGAUGCGGCGCACCGUGACGGCGGAUUUGUCGACAUUGGUGUCCUGAGUCUUCAUAAUCUCCGCUACGUGGGUGUCUGGAGACAGAUACUUUUCUGGACACUCGCGAUUAGCUCGCUCCCUCUCCAUCUAUUCUACAACUCGGCCGUGUCUGACGUUCUGGGUGGCCGAGCAUUCACUGUCACUACUGUUGCCAACACCAGCCUGCCUACAUUUCUUGCGAACCACGACCAUAGUGCCUAUCAAUCUAUCUCUAAUGAGCAAUGGGCUGCAGCAUACAGCACAAACCCUGUCACCCAGUGGGGCAACCUCUAUCUUUUCGUCGAUGCCUACUCCUUCGGCAUCAAUUAUGACGUGGAGACUGCUCGGACCUGGCUCGAAAAAGCAUCACUAAUGCCCCCUGCGUACUUCGGUCUAAGCAGCCAAUUGAUCGUGCCACUGACGCACUAUGCUCGUGAAAAUGCGUCCUUGUUCCCCCAUGUGUCUCUGCCAGGGCCGUACUCGCCUGACUUUCAGAAUUCGCCGGGCUUCACACGGUCAGCCACAUACACUCUCGCGGAUACGGGUUGGCUUUAUUAUAGCGAUGUGACUCUGCAUGUCCAGACUGCCAUGGCAGAACACGUCUCCGACUCGAGCAAGGUCGAGAUUUCCCUUAUCUUUAUAGGAAUUGUAGUGUUUUGCAACGUUGCCAAGGUUUGCGCCAUGGGCGUUCUUGUGAAGCGAUGGCGGGCGCAACCUCUUGUGACUGUUGGCGAUGGGAUAGCGUCCUUCUUGGAUCGACCGGACUCCACAACGAUCGGCUGUUGUGUCGCGACGAAGAAGGAAAUCCUACAGCGUAUUCGGAGCAAAUCAACAAAAGCAGCUGACCCCGAUGGCGUCAAAUUGGUCUGGUCGUCAACGAAGUUCCAGCUAAGAAAGUCCAUGAGUCGACGACGUGCGAGUGUUUUCCUGGGCAUUCUACUAACACUUUGGUGGACGACCUUCGCCUGCUUGAUAGCCGCUUUCUUGAGAAAACAAAGCGGAGGACUUUGGCAUUGGGGCACAGCUUCGGAGCUGACUCUCAAAGCCACAUCGUCCAGUUUCGAUCUCAAAAGCAUCAUGAUCAACACUUGGCUGGCGAACUCACCUCAAGUUCUCCUUUCGGCAUCCUACUUUUACACCAACAGCCUGCUGACGACCAUGUACUCUGCUCACGAAUGGAACGAGUACGGCGCUCACCGCAAGAGUCUCCGCGUCUCGACACCCGAGGGACGGCAACGAAGCCAGCACUUCCUCCAACUGCCGUAUCGUAUUGCAGUUCCUCUGACAGUCUAUUCGGGAGUCCUGCACUGGCUUCUUUCGCAAAGCUUGUUCCUUCGACGAAUCGAGUUCCGCGACGAGGCCGGUGCCAUCAUGGUCGAUUCAUCCCUGUGUACCUGCGGCUACUCACCGCUUAGCCUGCUGAUAUUUGCUAUUGUGCUUUUCACCGGCUCCAUUGUCGUCUACGUCACUUGUUUCUUGACCUUCAAGCAGAUACUUCCGUUCGGCGCCAACUGCAGUCUCAUCAUCAGUGCAGCAUGUCAUCCCCCGCCAGACGACGUCGACGCUCAUCUCAAAGCUGUACAGUGGGGGGUGGUGCAAAAUCGAUUCUCUUCUGGCGAGCAGGCUAUUCGCCACUGCACAUUUACCAGUGAGGAAGUGACGCCGCCAGAAGAUGGAAAAAUGUACGCUUAA